UUCAGUUUUUUAAAAAAAGUUACAUCACUUUUCAAAAGUUUUUCAAAAAUUUGCACAACCUCUUGAAACCUUGAUUUGAGUUUUGACUUUGUAACUAUAGAAAAUGGCUGAGGUUGUAUUUGAGAAGUUAGAAUCAAUGCUUCCUGAGCUGGAGGAGUUAGGAAAAGAAGAAGUAUUUUCCAAAGAAGAGAUUAAAAAUAUCAUUAAAAGACGAACAGAUUUUGAAUACAAACUUCAAAAAAGAAUUGUGGAAAAAAAAGAUAUACUCAAUUAUUUAGAAUAUGAAAUGAAGCUUGAUAAACUGCGGCAGAUAAGAUCAAAGCGUUUGAAAUUGAAGUUUCAUAAUCCUGCAUCAUUGUCGAUUUCUCGAAGACUUCAUUUAUUGUUUCAGAAAGGAUUAAUGAAGUUUGGGAAUGACUUACAACUAUGGCUUCAAUAUAUUGAAUUUUGCAAGUUAAAUAAGAGUACCCAUGCUAUUAGUUUAACUUUUGGUAAACUUUUGCAGCAACAUGGAAAAAAUCCAGAAGUUUGGUUAUUGGCUGCAAAUCAUGAGUUCGAGACAGCAAAAAAUGUUGAUAAUGCCAGAAUGCUGUUGCAACGAGGUUUAAGAAUGAAUAAAACUUCAGAAAAACUUUGGCAAGAGUAUUUUCGUAUGGAGUUGCUUCAUGUUGAAAAGAUUAAAAAGCGUAGAAAACUGUUGGGUAUUGAGGGAACUAUAACAAAGCAUACAAAUGAAGAAGAGCCUGAAAUGAUAGAAGAUUUUUUAGCUAACAAAACUGCAGAGAUCGUUUUUCAAAAUGCAGUAAAACAAAUAUCUGAUGUCAAUUUUUGCUUAUCGUUUUUAAGUAUAUCUCAAGAGUUUGAUGACACAGAAAAUUUGCAACAAUUAAUUCUUCAAAGCACCUUAGCACUUUUUCCAACCAGUGAAAUUAUGUUGGAUACCAUUGCCAAGCAAUCAUUAGUCAUGCUUCAAAAAAAGAGAAAUGAAGAGUUUGUAAAAGAUAAUGAUUGGAUAAAAGUUGAAGAUGAAGUUCAGCAAAAAUAUGAAGAGGCUGUUCAAAAAGUAAAUACCUCAUUAAUGUGGGAAAAGUAUGUUCGUACAUUUACUAAGUUAUUAAAUGAAAGUAGAAAUCAAGCUGAAGCAAAGCGACGUUACUUGAUACUUCAAAAAAUAUUUGGAAAAGCUGAAGAGCAAAAUCAAGCUUCAAUAGAUUUAUACUUGGUAUGGGCCGAGCUAUUUAUUGAUGUGGGUGAAACGCAACAAGCCUUAACUACAUUAUCCAGAGCACUUUCACUCCAUAAAAUGAGUUCAAGACUCUGGGUCAAGUAUUUGCUUGUUAAAUGUUCUUUGGGAGAUGAAUGGGAAGUAUUACAAAAAGAAUUUAAACGUGCGCUCAAUCUAGUUUCAAAAGACAGUGUUCCUAUAUGGCAAAUGUAUAUAGAUUUAGCUGUAUCAAGUAAUGCACCUGAAACAAAAACAAUCUUUGAAGAUUGUUUAAAGUCGUCAAAUGAAACAAAAAAAAUGUUUUCAGUACAAUACAUAAAAUGGGUUGAUCAAAUUGAAGGCUCAAAAGCUUUUCGAAAGUUAUCCUUAAGAAUGAUGAGUGAUGCUUCAAUGGAUUUUCUGAAAGAAUGCAUUCAGAUAGAAAGCAAAAAAGAUGCUCCUAACAUAAAAUAUAUACGUUCGAUCUAUCAAAAGAUGGCUCAUGAAUAUGGAAAAAAUUCUCUUGAUGUUUGGUUGGAUUAUAUUAACUUUGAAAAGCAAAGUAACAGCGAAAAUAUACAGCGCAUUACUGAUAUCUAUCUACAAGCAAAAAGAACGCUUGAUGGAAACUUAGUUGCUGAUUUUAUAGCAAAAUAUACCUUGGAAAGCAUGCCUAGUUCCAAUAGCUGAAGCUUUAACGACAUCUAAUUUCUAAAGAUAUAAGUAAAUAGUACUUUAACGAAAUAAUAAGUUUAUGUAAUAGCUAUUCUUUUGAUACAAUUUAUUUUUAUUUAGUUAGCA